AUGUGGACGGCAGCAGGACCCAUCGUCAGAGCCCUUUGUUUCAUUCUGUCUAUUUCCUUAAUUAUUCCCAAAGGUUUAGGCGACGCCGCAUCAUGCACCCCGGACAAGGUUCAAAUCACGCAGAGCCCGACGGGGAGAAUAAUAAGUUCUAGAAUAGAGUGGGUGGUUGACGUCACCAACACAUGUACCUGCAACCUUUCUAACGUGCAGUUACUAUGUCCUAAUUUUGAGUCAAUAAAAGUCGGAGGCGACCCAACCAUCAUUACGGAAAUCGGGAACACAGGCGUUUGCGAGUUUUACAAGGGGAGAGAAUUGAUUAGCUCAGAUGCCUACCGUUUCUACUACAUUGGCGAUCAUAUCAAUUUUGCACCCUAUUCGUUUACUAUUGGACGUUGCUACGGCUAA